GGGACUGCGCCUGGAAGCUGUGAUGGAAGCCCUGCAGAGGCAGCAGGCAGCCAGACUGGCCCAGGGGAUGAGACCAUUGGCCCCUCCACGCCCACCACCACCACAGCCUCCCUUGCCUGGCCCUGGGAUUCUGCAGGCCCUUGAGAGGGCCUCAGGGAAGGUUGCGGCUGAGAAAGAGGAGGAUGCCGGAGAGGAUGAGGAGGGGGAGGAAGCUGGAGCUGAGAAAGAGGCAGCUGAAGAGAGUCGUCCAGAAACCCGGGGGCCCAGCUCACCUUCCAGCCAGCCCCCUGGACCUCAUCCCCAUGAGUGGACCUACGAGGAACAGUUCAAGCAGCUGUACGAGCUCGAUGCAGACCCCAAGAGGAAGGAAUUUCUGGAUGACCUGUUUAGCUUCAUGCAGAAGAGGGGGACGCCGGUGAACCGCGUGCCCAUCAUGGCGAAGCAGGUGCUGGACCUGUACGCGCUGUUCCGCCUGGUGACGGCCAAGGGCGGCCUGGUGGAAGUCAUCAACCGCAAGGUGUGGCGGGAGGUCACGCGCGGCCUCAGCCUGCCCACCACCAUCACCUCGGCCGCCUGCCCUCACGCCUGCGCGCAGCUGAGCCCGAGCCCCAUUAAGAAAGAAGAGAGUGGAAUUCCACCCCCUCGACUGGCACUGCCUGUGGGCCUGGCCUUGGGACCUGCCCGGGAGAAGUUAGCACCAGAGGAGCCUCCAGAGAAGAGGGCUGUGCUGAUGGGGCCCAUGGACCCACCUCAACCUGGUGCACCCCCAAGUUUUCUGCCCCAUGGCAAGGUUCCCCUAAGGGAAGAGCGGCUGGAUGGGCCUCUCAAUCUGGCAGGCAGUGGUAUCAGCAGUAUCAACAUGGCCCUAGAGAUCAACGGGGUGGUCUACACAGGCAUCCUCUUUGCCCGCCGCCAGCCUGUGCCAGCUUCCCAGGGCCCAAUUAACCCUGUACCCCCAGCCCCUACAGGGCCCCCUUCCGGCACCUCACCCUGAGAGCUCCCACUUUGAAUUAAGAGUCCUAGCCCAUUGCUGGGUGGGGGGAGACACCCCCUCCACCUUGAUUCUUCCAGAGGGCCACUUUAGGACCCAGACCUGGGAGGGGACCACUCCUCCCCACAUGCCAUGUGGACUUGAAGCCAAAGAGUUUUCUUUUGAUGUUACAUCUACCUCAUUGUAAAGGGAGGGCACUUCCUCUCUGGCCAACUCCAGCAGCAUCUACCAAAGAGUCCUGCCCCUAGAAGCCCCCAUCGUCUCCUCACUUUGUCAAUGUCAUGUCUAGGACCCUACCUCUUGGAGUCAGACCUGCUUCUUCUCUUCAGGAGCCAUAUGAAGGGUUGGAUUGGGAUGUUGUGAAGGAGAUGUCCCUCAGGUCACAUCUGGAUAAUAAAGCUGUAGUCCCUCCCUCCCUAGUGCCUCUUCUUGUUUGUAUCUGGGGGUUGGAAAAGGAAUUGUGUGGUUUACAGGCAGCGUUGGGCCAAGGGU